AUGCAUUUAUCAGCCAAGGCUGUGGCCAUUGUAUUGGUCACGCUGCAUUUCGGAGCAGUUCAUGGCCAGCAGCCUAAGCCUAUGAUUCUCGCAGAUACCAACCGUGACGGUAUCGUCGAUGACAGCGACGCCACGGACAGAGCAUUCUGGACCCCUUCUCGCGGCGCCAUCUUCCUGCCCAACGUCGGCGACUCUCUCAAACGCUGUCCUAAUCAGGAUCUUCAGGGUAAUCCUCUCAGUAAUCACGAGCUAGCAUCUUGUCACGAUGCUUCUGGCCACCUACUCCUUGAGCCAAGCCUGGUUGCUCCCCUGAAGACGAUCCCAUUGGAAGUUUCAAACGACACUAUUGCCCACAUCUACGCCACGCCUGAUGCCGCAUCUGAAAGGGUUCGUCUCUUUUACCUGAACGACUCGUCGGCCAAUCCCGCCGAGACUGCCUCUUGGAGCUUUGUGGAUGCUGAAUUUACGUUCAAUGCAAGCCAUGUCCAAGCGGGUAUCACUCUCGGGAUUGACGGGCGUGAGUUUGUGAAGGAUUUGACAAAAUGGGACGGCAAAGUGAGGGUGCACUUCGAUGUUCACGCUAAUGGCACUGUCAUAUCUGACGCCGUUGAGCUCAAGGUGGCUCCAGUUCUGACCCAUCACCAUCUCCAACGUGUCAGCGCCUUUGUCAGUACUGCGGCAAACGAGUCUGAUCCUGUACAGCUCGGUUUUCUCAGCCGACUUGACGAGGCGCGGAAGGCGGCAGGGAUACAGGAGCCAUUGUAUCUGUUCAAUCAGAGUGACGAUAUUUGGGCACAGGAUUUUGUUGAACCAGCGUAUGCUAGCAUGCCUGGACCUAACGGCCAACCGAUCUCGCUCAGAAUUAUGUUGAGGUCGGCACAGUCAGUUCGUACUGCUGGAAGACAGGUCUUUGAGCAGCUUCGCGGGAAAAGUGUUGGUGGUUUCCAGCCUGAGGGGGGACGCGGCGGCUAUGGCGCCCGAGAAAUCAACGCAUACGGCAACCUCGAAACGAUCCCACCUUACACGUCCAAGAGUGGAGUCAAAUAUCCUGCCGGCCGGAUCAUCCAUGGCAAGCAUUAUGACAAGAUGCCAGCGGAAGCCACGAUUGCCUUCUUGGAAGGCCAAGAGCUUCAGACCCCCCUUUUCCUUGAGUCUGGAUGGCUACUCAUCGGUCAUGUUGAUGAGUUCGUCCAGUUUCUACCUUCCAACGAGACGGGCCUUGGCUUCACGAUUGGUAUCGCUGACACCAUGACCGCCCUCGACUUGCUCAGAAACACCUCAGCAGCGGGGCAUGGCGGUGUGCGGGCGAUUUCCUUCAAUGGGUCUGUUGAGGGCUCCUUUUCUAUCACGAAAGAGGAGCUGGCCAUGACAGUCGAUGAGCUUCUUGCAAACGAGACAUUUCACGAGGUCAACGCUUAUGCGCAGAGACAUAUUGAUGCUAAUCUGGGAAUCCUGCUCGCUGAAAUACCUAUUCUUCGAGAUCAUGUGAUUCGCAUCCCCUCGCUCUUCAAGGCUCCCAAGGUGUCUUCGCUCUCCUCAUUGACUGAAACGGUAGCAAAGGGCGAGUAUUUGCUAGUGAGCUUCAGCCCGGCGGCUAUCAAUGGCGUCGUGUUGGGCAACUACUACGUGAGUCCCAAGACUUGGGGUCCCGUGGUUGAGGGACGAGACAUCUUGGAGGUUGCCAUCCGGGAGGCAUAUGCAAAGGCUGGUAUGGAGGUCGGGUUUGUGGACGAUUUCAUGUCGCAUCACCACACCUUUGGCGAGGUCCAUUGUGGAAGCAACACUUUCAGGGAGACGGACGUAGCGUGGUGGGAGUAG